AUGCCAACGACGCAAGGGCAGCGAGAUUACUUGCCAGCUUCAGAAUCUCAACCAAUGGAUGACCCUCGCGGUGCUGGAGUGCAAGACGUCAUUGACGAUGCUGCCGAUGGAGACAAAUCGCGUCUCUUGUGGCAAUUCCGCGUGGGCGAGUCUAUUGAAUACUACUCCCGCUAUCACAAGGGCGCAUGGAUGCCUGCCAUUGUCCAGAAGAUUGACGAACAUGCGCUCCGAAUCAAUGUUGCCGGAUAUCGUGAUACGAGGCGGAUUCUCGCCUCUGAUAUUCAAACAAAGAUUCGCAAGACGGAAAAAACAAAGGGUAAGUGA